GCCUCCCUUUGACGUUCAUGGCGGUUUUUGCGAAAAGCAACUACCGCUGAGUUACCCUUUCAUGUUUAACCCAAAAAGAGGCUGUGUCACCAAUUUUGAGUGACCCGCGUUUAGAGAAAUUAGAUUAAUGGCAUGGAUUUGUCUCAGUGCACACAAGCUAUUGUUCAGGGAUUGUCUGAAAUACGUGUUCCCUUGGGCCAUAUUCUUGUCAGCGGACGCUGGAGGAACACAGACUUAGUAAACACACUCCAAGGUACUGCAAAUGUUCACUUUGAUGAUGGUCUUGGAGUAGUUGAUUUCCACCCUUCCUCUCACACUGGCGUCAUCUAUGUCUCGGAGGCUGACAUUGUCAGUGGGAGCGGCUACAAGAGGAAAGUGGCCAAACUGAGGAAGGCCAACAAAGUACGGGGAGUGGUUAUGGCAGAGAAAACAGCCACAAGUGGUCAGUACUACCAAGACCUGCAGAAGUUUGUUAUGCUGGAGAUAGGCUUUGUGUUACUUCCUGUCAACAAUCAGAAAGAGGCAGCUGGACUUCUCGCCCAGAUGGUUGAUGUUGAGAGUAAGCCCGAGGCAAACCCAUUCUUUAAGAAGCCCAGACCUGUGUCUGUGGAUGUGGCUCUCCUCAGCAGCCUACAGUGCAUCCCCAGACUGGGAGGGGUGAAGGCCAAACAGCUGCUGCUUCACUUCGGGAGUUUACAGGCUAUAGCAAGAGCAUCUUUGGAAGAUCUGUCGUCCAUAGUGGGAAAGGCAAGUGCCACCAACAUAAAAGCAUUUCUGGAUGGAUCCUGACCAGAACAUUGAGAAAUACUUGGGCUUGCUGACAGUGAUGUGUGUAGACACUUGCGAUGUGUGUCAUGAAGUUACGACAGAUGAGUCUGACACCAGAUGAGGUGUUAACAGUUGUGUCAUAAUGAAUUGACAGAUGGACACCUGCUGAAUUGUCGACAGUUAUGAUGUAGCUCAUGAUGUUCUGACAGAUAAGUUGAACACCUGAAGCAUCAACAGUUACGAUGUGGGUCAUAAUAUGCUGACUGAUGUGAUGUGUGUUGUGAUUUGCCAACAGAUGAGUCUCACAGGUGAUACCAUUUCAAUAGUUAUGAUGCCUACGCAUGUCAUGUUUGGACAAAUCGGUGAGACACCAGCUUUUGAGAACUGAAAGAUUUCUUCUUUCCUUUUCAAUGCAAUGUUUAAUGCAAUGUCCUGUCACAGGGAUACUUCAUCAACAAAUGACUGUGACUUGGUUGUAAAGCUAAAUUAAUACCUAUACAGAAAUUGACAAUAAGUAAGUAUGGUUUUAUGCCGCUUUUUGCAAUAUUGCAGCAAUAGCAUGGCGAAGACACCAGACAUGGGCUUCAUGCAUUGUACCCAUGUGGGGAAUCGAACCUGGGUCAAUGAUGAGUGAACGCUUUAACCAAAAGGCUACCCAACCGCCCCAAUUUACGAUAAAAACAAACUGGUGACAUGAUCAUUGGGGAGGAAGGCUCUGGACCAAAUCUGAACCAAUAAGACAGUGAUUAGAUGUAUGCUGCAAAUUCAGGUAACGCUUAUA